GUGUCGGUUCUCCUGUAGAAUGCCCCCUCCCUGGAUGUGUAGUCCGGAGUCACCUUCAUAUCCUGGUGACAGCCCGGGGUCCCAGAUUAUUCCCGCCGCCGUUGUAUGUCCGCAGUCUCUGGUCAUCUCAUGUACUAUGUCCGCAGUCUCUGGUCAUCCCCUGUACUGUGUCCGCAGUCUCUGGUCAUCUCCUGUACUAUGUCCGCAGUCUCUGGUCAUCUCCUGUACUGUGUCCGCAGUCUCUGGUCAUCUCCUGUACUGUGUCCGCAGUCUCUGGUCAUCUCCUGUACUGUGUCCGCAGUCUCUGGUCAUCCCCUGUACUGUGUCCGCAGUCUCUGGUCAUCUCCUGUACUAUGUCCGCAGUCUCUGGUCAUCUCCUGUACUGUGUCCGCAGUCUCUGGUCAUCUCCUGUACUGUGUCCGCAGUCUCUGGUCAUCUCCUGUACUGUGUCCGCAGUCUCUGGUCAUCUCCUGUACUGUGUCCGCAGUCUCUGGUCAUCUCCUGUACUGUGUCCGCAGUCUCUGGUCAUCUCCUGUGCUAUGUCCGCAGUCUCUGGUCAUCUCCUGUACUAUGUCCGCAGUCUCUGGUCAUCGCCUGUACUAUGUCCGCAGUCUCUGGUCAUCUCCUGUACUGUGUCCGUAUUUGUUCA